UAACCAGUUGUACAAUAGAAAUCGCCGUCACCGCAAUGACACACUCCCUUCUCCGGUUUUUCACCUCCAUUCUCUAAUCCAACUUUUAACACUUGUGUUAACAUCACCAGAUCUCUCUCUCUCUGUCUUCACUCCUCCUCUCUCAUUCGCUGCUUCAUCUUCCACCUCCUUCUCUCUGCAAAUCCAGCUUGUAUAUAAUCUGGACAAAUUCAAUCUUCUUUUUCUCUCUCACAAUCCCUAGAUUGUUGAGAGAGGUCCAGAUUUUAAUGGCGACUAAAAGGGGGUUAUUGAGUCCGAGCGUCUCCAGGAGUAGAAUCAAUGCACCAUCAUCAUCAUCAUGCUUAUCUGCAUCCUCCAUUCUUCCUUUCUUCCUUCUUCUCCUUAUUUUCCCUCUCUUUUUCUUUGUCGGUCGCGGUCUCUAUGUCUCCUCUUCAUCUGGGUCGGGAAAUUCCUUUGAUGCAGUUAAACAGGAUGUAGAUUGGAGAGAAAGGCUCAUAUUGCAACACUUGAAGCCAUUCUUUUCAAAAGAGGACAUUGAUAUCAUCUCAGCAAAUGUGAAAGACUUGGGGCCACUGAGUCUUGAUUCUUUUAAAAACAAUAAUGGUUCUGCCUCAUGGAAGGUUGUUGGCCAGGAGAAUGCUGAUGAUGCUUCUGUAGAGGCAAAGAACAUUGGCACAAACAUGAAACAAGAUAAGUUGAAGGGAAAACAAGAUAUUUCAUCAGAUAGUCACCCUGAUGUAGUGGACUCACCGGCUGUACAGAUACGAAGGCGGUUAAGAGAGAAGAGACGUGAGAAACGUGCAGCUGAUCUGGUAAAGCAGGAUGAUGAAACUAUUUUGAAACUCGAAAAUGCUGCAAUUCAGCGUUCUAAAUCAGUUGAUUCCGCAGUUUUGGGGAAAUAUAAUAUCUGGAGGAGAGAAAAUGACAAUGAGAAUACUGAUUCUACCGUGCGUUUGAUGCGUGAUCAAAUUAUUAUGGCCAGAGUGUAUAUUGGCAUUGCUAAGAUGAAGAAUAAGCUAGAAUUGUCUCAAGAACUUCAGCACAGGCUUAAAGAGAGCCAGCGUGCCUUGGGAGAGACGACUACUGAUGCUGAUCUUUCUCGCAGUGCUCCGGAGAAAAUAAAAGCAAUGGGCCAAAUUCUUUCAAAAGCUAAAGAACAACUGUAUGAUUGCAAGCUGGUGACAGGAAAGCUGAGGGCCAUGCUUCAAUCUGCCGAGGAACAAGUGAGGAGCUUGAAAAAACAGAGCACUUUUCUGAGCCAGUUGGCAGCCAAGACUGUUCCAAAUGGAAUUCAUUGUCUGGCUAUGCGCUUAACUAUCGAUUACUACCUUCUUCCUUUAGAGAAGAGAAAGUUCCCCCAGAUUGAAAAUUUGGAAAAGCCCAAACUUUAUCACUAUGCGCUUUUUUCUGACAAUGUCCUUGCUGCAUCCGUGGUCGUGAACUCAACUAUCACGAAUGCUAAGGAGCCGGAGAAGCAUGUUUUUCAUCUUGUUACUGAUAAGCUCAAUUUCGGUGCAAUGAAUAUGUGGUUCCUUUCGAACCCUCCUGGAAAAGCCACUAUCCAUGUUGAAAAUGUUGAUGAAUUUAAGUGGCUAAACUCAUCAUAUUGUCCAGUUCUUCGUCAGCUUGAGUCUUCUGCCAUGAAGGAAUAUUAUUUUAAGGCAGAUCAUCCAACAACUAUUUCAUCCGGGGCAUCCAAUUUGAAGUAUAGAAACCCGAAGUAUCUAUCAAUGCUUAACCAUCUAAGAUUUUAUCUUCCCCAAAUUUAUCCAAAGCUAGAUAAGAUUCUGUUUCUAGAUGAUGACAUUGUUGUGCAAAAGGAUUUGAGUCAAUUGUGGUCAGUGGACCUCCAAGGAAAAGUUAAUGGUGCUGUGGAAACUUGCGGAGAGAGCUUUCAUCGAUUUGAUAAGUAUUUGAACUUUUCCAAUCCGCACAUAUCCAGAAACUUCGACCCUAGUGCUUGUGGAUGGGCGUAUGGCAUGAAUCUGUUUGAUCUCAAGGAGUGGAAAAAAAAGGAUAUCACCGGCAUAUAUCACAAGUGGCAAAAUAUGAAUGAAGAUAGAACACUUUGGAAGCUGGGCACACUGCCUCCAGGACUUAUUACAUUUUACGGGCUGACACAUCCACUUGAGAAGUCAUGGCAUGUGCUGGGUUUGGGAUAUAAUCCAAGUAUUGACAAGUCUGAGAUUGAUAAGGCAGCAGUUGUUCAUUACAAUGGUAAUAUGAAGCCAUGGUUAGAGAUUGCAAUGACAAAGUACCGGUCAUACUGGACAAAGUACAUCAAGUAUGAUCACCCCUAUCUCAGGAGAUGCAAGUUGAGUGAAUGAAAACAAGAUGAUAUAUGGGAUAGCAAUAGUAAGUCCACAUGCUAGUUCUAUGCUCUCCUUGGCCUUCAAUGGAUUAUCUUAUCUGAUAUGGAGGGCUCGACGAUGUUACUGGCACAAGGAGGGGGCAUGCUUCUGUUUUAGUGAGCUGCUUAUCCUUGUAUGUUUCCCACAUUGUUUAUUCUUUUAUCUGAUUCAGUCUAAUAUGUAGCUAUGUACCCCCCAUUGUUCCGCAUCAUUUGUGGACAGAAUUUGAGAGAUCUACUGUAUCAUUAACCGGUUCUCGUUUUACGUGAUGAGGUGGUCUAAAGAUUUAGUACCAGAACAGAAUCAUGCUGUAUUCUUUGAACAUUGCACAACAGAUUUGUAGAUCGUAUAAUUUCCAUGAUUUAAUUUUUUCUUUUCUGUUA